AUGUUCUCUCCUCUUCUCCUACUUUUAUUCCUGCUGGCACCAGAUGUCUCUGCCCAAUAUGACACGUUUUCAUUGAACAUGUCAUUCCUAUGUGGUCAUUCUCGUCAAUACACUUACGAGAUCACCUUCAACAUCCGCGACGAGGAUCCGGAUCGAUCGAUUCGUGAUGGAGCGAUUGUGACGGAUAGUGGAGCUGCGAAUAUUGGAAUCACAUCGGUUUCGUUAUCCGGAUUCUACGAACGUGAGCAAGCGAGAGCUCCAAUGUGGGAGCCAGUCGUGGAAUUCCGGCACACUUGUCAGGCGGAUCAAAAAGGAUACAAUCGAAUUGUAUUGUCAUUACCACCAUCGCCAGCAUUGAGAAACAAGACGAGAUACAUGUAUCGAUACUUCAUGGAUAUCACUGAUAAAAAAGGAAGUAUUGUGGCUGAUGCGGAGGUCAUUGCUCAGCCUCCAAAGUGA